AUGGCACUGUGCACGUCUGCGAAAUGCGAUCCUUGGUACCAUCCUACUUCUUUUGGCGUUCCAGAUGAGCAAAACUCGCUUACUUCUUCACAGUUUAACAGCUCCUCCUCCACACCACUCACGUCGCACCACAGCUCUGACACACCCAUGUACAAGCCACCGGCAUUCCGCUGCCAGUGGGCGAAUUGCUGCACCGAAGUUUCUUCGCUCGAGGCGCUCACGGAGCAUGUUCAGCGCGCACAUCUCAGUAAGGAUGCCGAGGCGCCUGAGCGCACUACACCGUUCACCCCUGCAUGGCCCCAAGCUUUAUUGAACGCAAACUGGGGCAUGGAUUGGGCAUCUGAUUCAGCGAACACGCCGCUGAUGUGCUCGACGCCUACUCCAACCGAGCAUGCUUCGAGUUCUCUAGCGCCCCGCUGGAAAAAAGAAGUGCGCCCUGCGGCGGCCGAGCAGAAAUUCCUGGCAAACUUUGCGCUCCCUGACGAAAAAGAUUUGCUUUCGCUGGAGCCCACCUGCCUCUGCGCCCCGGGCGAGGGGAAGAAGAAACAUCCGUGCGGAUGGGAGGACUGUAACGAAAGCUUUGAUACGCACACGGAGCUUACCGACCACCUUGCCAAUCAGCACGUUGGCUGCGGCCGCAAAGAGUACGAAUGUCGCUGGGUUGGCUGUAAACGCGCUGCGGAAGGGCGCAAGUUUCACCAGAAACAAAAAGUCUUGCGCCAUAUUCAAACACACACCGGCGACAGACCGUACGUGUGCCCGUUGUGCCAGAAGCGUUUCAGCGAGAUGAAUACCCUCACGCAGCAUAUACGAAUUCAUACCAAGGAACGCCCCUACAAGUGCGACUUUCCUGGCUGUGAUAAGUCGUUUAGUGUGGCUGGGAGUCUUACUAUUCACAAGCGCACACACACGGGGUAUAAACCAUUCAAGUGCCCUUUUCCCGACUGUGACAAGGAGUUUUCUGAAAGCAGCAACCUAAACAAGCACAUGCGUGUACACCGCGGCGAAAAGUUGUUUGGAUGCACCACCUGCACAAAACGAUUCGCGCGCCCCGACCAGCUCGCGCGACACAAAAAAGUACAUGAAAGGCAAGACGACACCUUUCUUGUUGAAAAAAGUGCGUCUUCUAAUGACGCAUACAGUGCUCCUGUAGCAACAUGA